CUUGACUGUGUAGCCCAAAACGCGAAUGAACAUCGACCGUGGUAGUUGACUGCAAGUACAAAGCGCUGCACUGAAGAAGUGUUCGAAAUACAUGUGAGACUAGCGCUAAGCAAAGGCCUCACUAGCCAACGCAGCACAACACACACACACUCGCAUAUUAAUUCAGCCUCCCUCUUCACAUCACGUCGUUGUCUGCCAGCAGCCCGAGCCUAAGACCAUCUUGAGCCUUCUGUUGCCCUCCUGCCGGAUCAAAUCUACUCACAACUGCUGCUCAACAAACUAACAACAUAAGCCACAGCAACAACAACAACAACAGCCAGCAAACUUGACUCUGCAACACUUUACUAUUAACAACAUUGGCAACAUUGUCUGAUUAAGAGUUGUAAACACAGUGCAAAAUGCCGCCAAAUGCAAAAACGGACGGCGAGCAGCCAGCAGCGGAGCCAGCGCCUGUGGCCCCAGGUGCUGAGACAGCUCCAGCCGAAUUGGAGACGAUCAGCCAGAAGCUGGAGGAAACGACACAUCACUCCAAUUUUCGGGAACAGGCGGCGGUACAGGCUGCCGAACAUCAGAAGGCAGAGAAUCAAAGAAUCGCACAAGUGGAGACUACAAUAGCGCCAAAAACGACAGCGGAACCAGAGGAAUCUACCACCUCGAUGCCAGUGAUUAAAAAGAUUGAGAAUGUCGGUGAAAAGAUCGCUGUGAAACUGGCCGAUACAACGGGCUUGCCCACAUGGGGCGUGGUCGCGAUUAUAAUACUCGUAUUCCUGGUCGUCUUUGGUAUAAUAUUCUUUUGUGUGCGGCGAUUCCUUAAGAAGCGAAGAACCAAAGAUGGUAAGGGUAAGAAAGGUGUCGAUAUGAAAUCGGUUCAGUUAUUGGGAUCGGCAUACAAAGAGAAAGUUCAGCCUGAUAUGGAGGAACUCACCGAAAAUGCCGAAGAAGGCGACGAAGAGGACAAACAGAGCGAACAAAAGCUGGGGCGACUCAACUUCAAGCUUGAAUACGACUUCAACUCAAACAGCUUGGCCGUAACCGUUAUACAGGCCGAGGAGCUGCCAGCUCUGGACAUGGGCGGUACUUCGGAUCCCUAUGUGAAGGUCUAUCUGUUGCCCGACAAGAAAAAGAAGUUCGAGACAAAGGUGCACCGCAAGACCCUCAGUCCUGUCUUCAAUGAAACGUUCACAUUCAAGAGUUUACCGUAUGCCGAUGCCAUGAACAAGACGCUCGUAUUUGCCAUCUUUGACUUUGAUCGAUUCUCGAAACACGACCAAAUUGGUGAGGUGAAGGUGCCACUGUGCACCAUCGAUUUGGCGCAAACCAUUGAGGAAUGGCGUGAUCUGGUCAGCGUUGAGGGUGAAGGUGGACAGGAAAAGCUUGGUGACAUUUGCUUCUCGCUGCGUUACGUGCCGACCGCCGGAAAACUAACAGUUGUCAUACUCGAGGCCAAGAACUUGAAGAAAAUGGAUGUCGGUGGAUUGUCUGAUCCAUAUGUGAAAAUUGCAAUCAUGCAAAAUGGCAAACGUUUGAAAAAGAAGAAGACAAGUAUCAAAAAAUGCACCCUCAACCCUUACUAUAAUGAGUCGUUCUCAUUUGAAGUACCAUUUGAACAAAUACAAAAAAUCUGUCUUGUUGUUACCGUUGUGGAUUACGAUCGUAUUGGCACCUCUGAGCCCAUCGGACGCUGUAUACUUGGCUGCAUGGGCACUGGAACUGAGUUGCGCCAUUGGUCCGACAUGUUGGCAUCGCCUCGUCGACCCAUUGCUCAAUGGCAUACCCUCAAGGAUCCCGAGGAAACUGACGAAAUACUUAAGAACAUGAAGUAAACGCUACACGGCUGACAAAUCCAGCAUUACAGCACACCUAAGUAUCAGACGUUAUGGCAAAAGGAAAAGAAAAAGAUAAAACCAAAGAUAACUCAAGCGAACCGUCAUUGUAAUCGUAUGCAUCAUCAGCUACUGAUCCAUUGGAUCUAUUAUGGAUCUCGAAGGACCUCAACAAACCCCACAACAAACAACAAUCAAUAUAAAUAUCGUAGCCCGCGCAGUUUAUCAACAACAACACAAUCAAAUCUGAUUAAAAACAAACAAACAUAUAUAUUACAAGCCUUUGGAAACAAAAUGGAAAUAAGAGGAAAAAACACAAGUCGAAAGAAACUAGUAUGAAUUUAGAAAUUUAAGUUCUACUUACAUUGGUUCAUCCAUUAUUAAAACAAAAAGCAAUUUAUUAUCCAACUUUGCGCCUGCAAUAAAUUAAUCAAGAAAAGUUUCGUAUUGAAUUGGAUUAAUCACAUUUAUUUCGAAAAUAAUGCAGAAAAUUUCUAGUAUUUUAUUGUUGUUGUCAUUUGAUAAUGGAAAAAUCUACGAGUAUGUUACAAAAAUAUAAUUCAAAACACUCUAUAUACUCAAAUAUAUAAAACCAAAACAAAAACAAAACAAAAAAUCAACUAAAUCAUCAUUUUAACGUGUUAAGUUUUUGAUUCAUUUAAAAUAAAGUAAAUCUAUUAUUAUUUUGUUCUCAUCUUUCAAAAAGGAAAAGAAAAACAAAAAAACGGAAACUGUUGAAAGUUUAUUAGAAAAUCAAUGAAAAUACCAAAAGACAAACUGUUAUGUAAAUUAAUUUAUUAUAUUUAAUUAUCGAUUGUAUUAUGUAUUAUUGUAAUUGUGUAAGUAUAUUAAACAUCAACAUAUAUAUGAGACAUGACAGACAUAUGAAUGAAGAAGUAAAACAAAAAAUAAAUAAAAAUAUAUUAUAUUACGAAUAAAAACAAAAAAAACAAAUUAUGUAUAACCCCUGCAUAGACUAAUGUUAUGUAUACACAACGCUGAGGUUUGGUAAAUCAGACGUAUAAGUAGAACAAAAUAAUACCAAAACACAAAGGAAAAGAAAAGAAAAGAAAAGAAAAGAAAAGAAAAGAACAAACAUAAAAGCAAAUAACAAAAGUUUAACUUUAAAGCGUGAUUUCAAUGGAAUAUAUCAUCAGUUUAAACCCUAACAAAACAAAAAAACUACCUAUCGUAUAUCGAACAUUUCACAAUAUAAGCAUUAUUCGAUUGAUCGAUCCUUUAGUUAGCCCUUCUUCUACUCUUCCGAAAAUUCUAUUCUAUAUUCUAUUCUAUACUAUAGUAUCUAAAUUAAUUUCGCGUUUAGUUGCUUCAAAAAAAAAGGCUCUUAAGGUUUCUACUAAUCUCAACUGUUUGGUAUUUUUUUCGGUGUUGUUAAUCAUAACUAUGAUUGAUUAAUAAUUUGGAAAAGCAUAUUAGGACAUAAUGAAAAUAUACAUAAAUAAAUACUAAACUAAAGCAAAAUAAAAAGUAAAAUGUUAAAACAAGAAAUAUUAAGAACAAUAAUAGUUAUUACUAUUUAUAUUAUAUUCAAGUAUAUAUAAACAUACAUAUAUACAUUGAAAUCUAAACAAUAUACAUACGUUUAUAUAUACUAUACUUCUAUAACGUUGUGCAGCCUGUGCACAAAAACCUACUAAAUUGGUAUUUUCAAUGAACAACAACAACAAGAUGAUGAAAUUCGAGAAGAAGAAUAACAAAUAUAACAAACUGCAAUCUGAGAAAUGAAUACGAUUAUAUUUAGGGCAUUCCACUCAGAGAGCAGGCUAUAUUUAAUUGAUUAAUUGAUUUGAUUAUUUCCAUAUUGCAAAAGUAAAAUUAACUAUUGAAUUAGAUGUUUUUGUCCUGUAAAAAAUAUUUAACAAAACGGUAUAUAAAUGAUUAUAAUAAAUUAUAUGUAAUAAUGAUAAAUGCGUAGUUUGGGAUCUACAAAAUCCCGUACACAGUUUGUAGUUAUGUUCACAACAAAAUGAAAAUGAUAAAGAAAAAAAAUACAACACAACAACAAAUUGCAAACUGAAAAUACCAACAAAAUAUUUAUGUAAUAUAAUUCAUCUAAAUUACAAAUAUAUAUAUAAAUAAAAUUUAAAGACAGGCAAACAAAUUCUACAACAAAUUACGAGUAUUGUUCAAUAAAAAAAAAAAACAAAAACAAAACAAAAUAUUAAAAAAAAAAAUACGUACUUUGCUUUUCCAAAUAAUUACUGUAAAUUAUCAAAACCAAAUAAACAACAACAAAGACACAAAACUUACCACAACAACAACAACAACAACAAAACAAACUAUAUAUAUACAUAAAUACUUGCAUAUUAAACAAAUUAUAUGGAAUUAUAUAAAAUGAUGUUGAUUAUUGAUUUAAACUGAUGAAUGAAUAAAAAAACAAAACAAAACAAAACAAAUUAUAUAUACAUAUUUCUAUAUAUGCAUAUACAUACAUAUAUAAAUAUUAACAACAAAUAAAAAAUACAAUAAUUUCAUUUGGGUUUUUUUUGUCUUUAGUUUUGGUAUUUUAAUUUGAACACAAGUUUACACUGACCACAAUAUUUUCGACGGCAGUGUAACAACACAUACUCAACAUGUACAUACUCACCACACACACACUACACACGCACGUGCACACAUACACAGAGACAGAGACAGACACAGAGCCACCCACGAACUGACCAAAAACAAAAGUAAAAAGAAAAGUCGUACACGUCUGUAUGUAUUAGUAAUACACAUGGAUGUCUACCAUAUAUAGUUCUAUAUGAUUACCGUUAGUCGUACAAUACUGUGUAUACUGCAUGUAACGUACGUAUCUGUAUUAUUUCUAAACGCAGCAGUCAAAAAGCAGCGCAGAAGCCAUCACAAAAAGCACAAAUCAGUAGUUGAAAAUAAACAAACCAAAAAACAGAAAUGAAGAAUACUAAUAAUAGUUAAAGAUAUAAAAUACUAAAAGAAAAAAAAAAACAAUGAAAAGAUAAGAACAACAAAACUGUAGAAGUCCAUGUAUUUUUAUUUUUAGAUAUUUAUGUAUGUAAUUUAUAUAUAUUCGAUAAAUCAGGCAUAAAGGCAUUUAGCAAAACACCAUACGAAACACGAUCGAUCCACAAAAAACUACUAUAUAGAGCGCACCUGAAGGAUUCGAAGGAGAAUAUAGAGCGAUUUGCACCUACAUACAAUAUAUAACGCGUGUAUGUGUGUGUUAGGCAAACAGUAAUAAUGUAAUAAUGACAAAUACAAGAAGAAUAUAUAAUUUAAAAGACAAAUAGGUAAACCAAGAUAUAGGGCAAUGUUUGAUGUUGAAAAUAAUGAGUUAAAAGGCCACGUAGAGUGUGCAUUACAUAAGCGAUAUACAUACAUACCGGCAUACAUACAUACAACAAAUACCGUGCAUAUAUAUAUUCCAGAUAAACAACAUUUUAUAUAUAUACAAAAUAAAAUAUCACAAGACGGAAGGAAAUCGAUAAAAUGAAGAAAUAUACAUAAUCACCACAGCACCGCAUAGUAUGAAAACUAACCAUACAAUAUACAUACAUACAUAUAAAUAAUGCAUUAAUAUACAUAUAUACAUAUACAUAUGUACGUACCACAUACAUAUGUAGGUCGAUGUUCAAGCGCCCCGCUUGUUGGGCAUUUCCAUUAGUUUACCACAUCACUAUCACUAUUUACACUCGCGGCAAUCGAAACUCAACUCAACUGAACUCAACACACAUUACAAUUUUCACCACACUAACACUUCAAAAACACGCGGCGCGUCGCGACAGCGGCUGCGUAACUCACCACUCAUCAUUAAGCUCUUUUUCGGAGUUUUGUUGUUUAUGAUAAACUGUUUAUAGCUGUUUUUUGAAUUUUAAAUCAAUUAUAUUUACUAUAUGAAAAUGAACAUAAAAUAUAUACAUAAUACAUACGAGUAUAUGUUUUAAAAGCUCUUACCAAAACUUAAUUGCAAAACUGAAUUACUGCAAAAACAAAAACGCAAACAAAAAAAAACGAAAACGAUUGAAUUAUAUGUAUUAUUAAAUAAACUGCAUACUAUAUAUAAAACAAUAUAUAGUAUAUAUAUAUAUAUGACGAUGCAACUGUAUUUGCAAGCUACAAGUAUAUAAUUUUAUUUCAAUGCGAAAAUACAAAAGAAUUUAACAACAACAACAACCAAAUGAAGCAAAAUAACAAGUGUAUGCGAGACUCCAGCCGCACACACACACACACAGACAACCACAAGAGCGUCUGUGUGUAGUUUAAUGAUAAAAAAAAUUAAAAAAAUAUAAAUACACUGAUAUGAACACCCACAAAUGAAAUGACACGAAAUGAGGAACGUUUAUAAAGAAUAAACAACUGUUUGAAACUAUUACAACUA